UUUUUUUCCUUUUCAUUUUAUUUUGGAUCCUGCUAAAAUUAGUCGGGACUGGUCUGGGUGUUGCGUGUUAAUUUGAUUUACUCCGGGAUUCCGGCUUUCCAAGACGCCAUUUUCCCCCCUUUCUCGCUCUAUCACGUUCUAUUUAUCUCUCUCUCUAUCAUUUAUCUCCCGAGCUGUCUCUCCGUCUGUCUGUCCGUCCAUCUCCCUCUCCCCGGUGCCUUCCUCCUCCCCCCGCCCUCCUCCCUCUGCGCUCUGCGUGCGCUGCGCGGCCGGGCGCUCCCCUCAUCCCCAUCUGACAGAUGAACACCGCCAUGGGUUUGCCGCAACACAAGCAAAAGCACCUUUGGGGGCUGUGGCGAGGGAUUGAAACCGGGAUCUAAAAGAGAAGAGACAAGAAGGGGGGAAAUCCGAGGAAGGAGGAGGAGGAGGAGGAAGAAAGAAGAAGAAGAGGAAGCUGCUAAGAAGCCCCCGCUGCCGUUUUGGGGAUAUGGUGGCAGAUUUGGUCUCUUCUGAGCAACUUGCAGCCUCUGGGUGACCGGGACAUUGAAUUUGGUGGACAGUGACCAUUCGCUCCUUGGGAUCACAGCUGCCCUUGCUUUCCUCACCCCCUCCCGCACUCCCCUUCCCUCCAACAAAACUCCAGGGCAUUGUGGUAUUGCUAUGGAGCCCAGGGAGACUUUGAGCAGCUCCCGGCAGAGAGGAGGCGAGGCAGAUUUUCUGCCUGCUGCUGUCACCUCCACGAAGCCUCCUCCUGUCUCCAGCUGCGCAGGGGAGACGAUGCUGCCUGCAGCAGGCUCGGGGAAGGGGAUCCCAGUGAGCAGUGAGAGGCUGGAGCCAGAGGAAGAGGAUGAGCUGGGUUCUGGAAGAGACGUGGAUUCCACUUCCAAUGCGGACAGCGAGAAGUGGGUGGCAGGAGAUGGCCUGGAGGAGCAGGAGUUUUCCAUCAAGGAGGCAAACUUCACAGAGGGGAGUUUAAAGCUAAAGAUCCAGACCACCAAGAGAGCGAAGAAGCCCCCAAAGAACCUGGAGAACUAUAUUUGCCCUCCCGAGAUCAAAAUCACCAUCAAGCAGUCUGGGGAGCAGAAGCUUUCUAGAACUGGGAAAAACAGCAAAACAGCUAAAGAGGAGGACAGAUCACACUCCAAAAAGAAGGGAAAAGUCAUUGGAGAUGCAAAACUGCUUAUGAGUUGUGGUUGCAGAAAAGGGAAAAAUUCUCAAGUGAAAGACUCAGAUCAGAGUCAGAUGAAGAAUUUGGGAAGAGAGUGUGGGUUCCCUGUGCAGAGUCCAGUGACGAAAUCUGUGAACAAGGUUUAUGACAGGCCACAGAAACAUUCUGCUCUGCACUAUGAUUCGGGCCUUCAACAAGACUUCACCAGUGACACCUUAAAAUCAAAGCACCAGCAAAAAAGUAGCAACCAGCACCAUCUUGACUGGUCAGCGAGCCCCGAUACCGGAUCCGCUUCUCAAAGUUGUUUCAUCAACACAGAACCCAGCAGGGAAGCAGUUAGUGCCACCAAGGUCUCUGCUCUGGAGCCAGGAGUUCCCUUCAGCAAAUCCCAGGCCAAAAAGUCCUGCAGCAGCAGCAGCACGUGGGGGCAGCUGUCAGUCAGUAGUAAAGAGCUUGGUAUUUGCAGUGCAGUCCCGUCACCCAGCGGCAUCAGCGUGGCCGCCCAGCCGAGCAGUGCCUCCGACUGCAGUGGGCUUUUGCCUCUUGGGGAUCCAGAGGGAGGUGUGCAGCUGGAGGCCCCUGACCAGCCCGCUGGAAGUACGAAGAAGAAGUCCAACAAAAAGGACUUGAUAAGUCAGACCAUCCAUACCACGGACAUGGAGUGGGUGAAGAGUGCCCAGAAAGCAUUUGACAGCAAAUCCCAUGACAGCAUGGAAGGGAAAAAGGAGUCUUACUCGAUGGACAGCUUGUUGGAUACAUCACCCUCAAAGCAGAAUCCCAUUUCUGCUAGCAGUUGUGAAAGUGACACCAGUCAUGUACGAAUUACUAUCCCAAUAAAGUCUCCGACGACAGAUGCAUCUGGCCACAAAAGGAAAAAAAGGCAAUCCAUAAAAUCUUCUAUAGAGAAAACUAUCCAGGAGAAAAGUCUGCCUUCUGUACUUACUAUGAGCAGUGAAAUAGCAAACAGGACUAGCUCUCAAUCAGAGGCGAGUAAAAAAGAUCUUCGAGCCUCAAAGCCGGGGAAAGUGAUAGAAAACGAGUCCCCAUUAGUAUCUAUUGACAGCAGUGUGUUCACUGACAAAGCUUCCCCCAACAGUGCCGCCAGAGUCAGAAAACCUCUAGCAGUGACAUCCACUCUCCUGCCCACCGACCUUUCCACAGCUGGCAAAUUAUCUGAAGUCCAGCACCCCAAACACGCAGCUAAGCGGCGAUGGACCUGCAGCAAACCUAAAUCUAUCCUUCGGGAGGCCUCCAUGACAACAUCUGAGAAGCUGAUGGUGGAGCCUCCCUCAGCCUAUCCCAUCACACCAUCCAGCCCUCUGUACACCAAUACAGACAGUCUUACUGUGAUCACGCCUGUCAAGAAAAAAAGAGGACGACCAAAGAAACAGCCUUUGCUCACUGUUGAGACCAUUCACGAGGGAACCUCCACCAGCCCAGUGAGUCCAAUCAAUCGUGAAUUUCCAGGAACAAAGAAAAGGAAGAGGAGAAGGAAUCUGGCCAAGUUGGCCCAGAUGGUCCCAGGAGAGGACAAGUCCAUCAGUGAACUUAAGUUUCACAAAAAGGUCGGGAAGCUUGGAGUCUUGGAUAAGAAGACCAUCAAGACCAUUAAUAAAAUGAAAACUCUUAAGAGGAAGAAUAUUCUCAAUCAGAUCUUGUCCUCCUGCUCCAGCAGCAUAGCUCUGAAAGCAAAAGUCCAGCCACCAUCUAGUGCUGGGCCAACCACCAUUGAUGCCAGACUAGGGAAGCAGAUCAAUGUUAGCAAGAGGGGGACUAUCUACAUUGGUAAAAAACGAGGCAGAAAGCCAAGGGCAGAGCUGCAGACUCAGCCAGAAGAACCUAAGACAGCCAUCAAGCACUCAAGGCCUGUUUCCAGCCAGCCAGAAAACCCAGCAGUGCCUUCCAACCUGCAGUCACUUGUGGCAUCGUCACCAGCAGCUAUUCAUCCGCUUUCGACACAGGUAGUGGGGACUAACGGCAACCUUAGCCCUGCAAGCACUGAAACAAAUUUUUCAGAGUUAAAAACUAUGCCAAAUCUUCAACCUAUCAGUGCUCUUCCUACAAAAACCCAGAAAGGAAUGCACAGUGGAACUUGGAAGCUGUCUCCACCCAGGCUAAUGGCUAAUUCACCUUCCCACCUCUGUGAAAUAGGUUCUCUGAAAGAAGUCACGCUGUCGCCAGUGAGCGAGUCUCACAGCGAGGAAACCAUCCCGAGCGACAGUGGGAUAGGUACAGACAACAACAGCACCUCUGACCAGGCCGAGAAAAGCUCAGAGUCCCGCCGGAGAUACUCCUUUGAUUUCUGCACCCUGGACAAUCCAGAGGCUAUCCCAUCUGACACCAGCACAAAGAACAGGCAUGGUCACCGGCAGAAGCAUCUCAUUGUGGAUAACUUUCUCUCUCAUGAGAGUAUUAAAAAGCCAAAGCACAAGAGGAAAAGGAAAAGCCUGCAGAACAGAGAUGACCUCCAGUUUCUGGCAGACCUUGAGGAACUCAUCAAUAAGUUCCAAGUGUUCAGGAUUUCCCAUAGAAGCUAUACAUUUUAUCAUGAAAAUCCAUAUCCCAGCAUCUUCAGGAUUAAUUUUGAUCACUACUACCCUGUGCCAUAUAUCCAGUAUGACCCAUUGCUCUAUCUUCGCAGGACCUCUGACAUGAAGUCUAAGAAGAAGCGUGGUAGACCUGCCAAAACCAAUGACACCAUGACAAAGGUGCCUUUUUUACAAGGGUUCGGUUACCCUAUUCCCAGUGGGAGUUACUAUGCACCCUAUGGAAUGCCUUACACAUCAAUGCCUAUGAUGAAUCUUGGUUACUACGGUCAGUACCCAGCUCCUUUGUACCUGUCUCACACGCUCGGAGCGGCUUCCCCAUUUAUGAGACCUACCGUGCCCCCACCCCAGUUCCAUGCAAGCUCUCAUAUGAAGAUGUCCACCACUGCCAAACACAAAGCGAAACACGGAGUGCACCUACAAACCCCUGUGGGAAUGGGCCUUGGAGACAUGCAGUCCCCUUUAGCUCCUCCAAAGGUUGGAGGGACGAGCCUUUCAAGUGGCCGACUUCACAAAAGGAAACACAAACAUAAGCACAAGCAUAAGGAUGAGCGGAUACUGGGGACACAUGAAGAUCUGAGUGGUCUCUUCGCCAGCAAGUCCACUGGCUUCUCCAGCCAUGCCAUGAAUGAAAGGCUGAGUGGCUCAGACAAAGACCUCUCCUUGCUCAACGAGAAAAGCAAGCAUAAGGAGAAGCAGAAGCACCAGCAUUGUGAAACCGGGCACAAAGGCUCAAAGAGUAACUUUGAAGUGGAUACACUGUCUACAUUAUCACUUUCUGAUACCCAGCAGUGGUCACAGAGUAAAGAUAAAAACGACUCAAGCAGUGAUCCCAUUGACUCUUGCACAAAGAGAUACUCUGGUAAUACUGAGAGUAAUGGAAGGUCAGAGUCCCUGGACAUGUUUGGUGAAAUGAAUUCCUCAAGUGAGAAGCGGGACAAUGAUGCAAGUGGGAAUAAAAGAAGAAGCUUUGAAGGGUUUGGAACUUACAGGGAAAAGGACAUUCAGCCCUUCAGGACAAAUAAGAAGGACAGAAGUACUUACGAUUCUUCAGCCUCUUCAGGUAUUGCAGGUCCCCACUUAAAAGCAGACCAGACUUCACUUCAUGGUAAAAUGGAAAGUUCUGCCUGUAACGUGAUGACCAGAAGGAAACCAGCAGCUGUUGACAGUGUUGCAAUGCCAAGUCCAGUAUUAUCUCUCCUACCUUCAUCAGCAGCAACAUCUGAAGCAGCCAGCUCACCACUGAAGAAAAGGUUCAAGCGCCGUGAAAUCGAAGCAAUCCAGUGCGAGGUGCGCAAGAUGUGCAACUACACCAAGAUCCUGUCCACGAAGAAGAACCUGGAUCAUGUGAACAAGAUCCUGAAAGCCAAGCGGCUGCAGAGACAAUCAAAGACAGGCAAUAACUUCGUCAAGAAGCGGAGGGGUCGUCCUCGGAAGCAACCCCUUUCCUUCGACGAAGACUCCAGAGACCAAAUGCCCGUUCUGGAAAAAUGCAUUGACCUUCCCAGCAAAAGAGGUCAGAGACCAACACUCAAUCCUUUGAUAUUGGAGCAAGCAGCCACUCAAGAUACUAUCAUGGCCACCAUCGAGGCUGUCAUACAUAUGGCUCGAGAGACACCACCCCUGCCACCUCCUCUUCCUCCUCCACCCCCUCCGCUCCCUCUCCCUCUAUCCCGGGCACCCCGGGUUGGGAAAAGAAAAAACAAGUCCCCACAGGAGGAAGAGGAGGACGUGAAAGUGAAGCGGUACCGGAAGGGCAGGGGGAGCGAAAGUGAAGGCCUUCCCUAAGGCCGGGGCACCUCGUCGGACGUCGGGUGCCAGUGGCGGAGCACGCCAGGGCGGAGGGACGGGAGGCACGCUGUCCAUUUGGCCCCUUUGGCAGCACCAGACUCACCCGUCCCUCCAGCAGCCAGAACUCAUUGCAGAGAGCUCUGCCAGCCGGGGCGCGCAUCUUCCUCUUCAUCGCUUUGACCCAAGCCCGCCCCCCAAGGGAAGAGGGGGAAAGGGUACGGGGAAAGGUGGGGGAUAAAGGGGAGGGGGAUGUGUGUGAAAGCUGGUAAAAAAGCAUCUAAACUCUGCAGAGUUUCCAAAAUUAAUCUAAAUCUCAGCAUUGCUGUUCUCAUACCGUACCCGGAGGCGGGAGGUCAUCCUCGCAGAGAGCUGAACGUUGUCACUGGGGGCGGCGUGCUCGACUCUGAUUCUGUUUAGCAGGCCAGGUGAAACUAAGAGUAACUUUACCAUAGCAGAAAUCACUGUAAAAAAAAAAAAAAAGAAAAAAAGAAAGAAAGAAAGAAAGGAAAAAAACCCUACAAAAAAUAGUGUAAUUUUCUCAACUGUGAUAUGGGUUAUAAUCUGUCUGAAUUUUAUUUUUUUUUCCAGUUUUACAUACCUACCAGGCUUUGGGACAGCAUAACCCAAAGUGCCUGACUCCUGCUAUAUGAAGAACUAUAUGUCUCUUUCUCAUUUACUUGCCUAGUUACUAGCUGCAAUAUAGGCAAUAGAAAAUUAGAGCCUUACACGCGUGCACACUCAUUCCGAGUGCUAUCCCAAGGACCGACGGAAUAUCACAGCAUUUAAAAUAAGGUAUACAUGGAUAUUCAGUUACUAUAGCAUGUUUAUAUGAAGCAACUUGGCAAUGGCAUGUGAAAAAGGGGUCAUCCAUCAGCCAAGUUGUUUUGAUGCUCGGUACAUAUGAGUAGAGAACAGCAAGACACUUCUGGGGAAUAUAGUUAUAGUAAACAUGGACAAAAUCACCAAAAAAAUAAUAUAAAAACAUAAAAGAAAAAAAAAAAAAGAACUUAAAAAAUUGACUAAAAAGACAGGGCCCAAACC